UUUGAAUACGGAACUGUCAACAAUCAUAUGGUAACCUCAAAAUAAACGCAUGUUUUUCAAAUCUGUGUACAAUAAUAAGUCAACAUGCAAUCUGAAAGUAAACGUAUAUUUUUGCCUAAUUUACCAGAAAAUCUUUCCGAGGAAGAUGUACGACAACGAUUCUUUAAAUUUGGGGACAUAACAUCAAUUGAAAUUAAACACAGAAAUGAUCUCAACGCACGCAAUUAUUCCCACGAAUAUGCCUUCAUUAACCUGGAUACAAAUCCUAAACUUUUGCAGCAGUGCUUUGAUGAGUUUGCAAAUAAAAAAUGGAAUGGAAAUUACGUAGAAGUGCAGCUAGCAAAGGAAUCUUUCCUAGAAAGACUCAAGAAAGAAAGGCAAGAGAAUGCCCAACAACAAAAAACUGAACACAAAGUUGAAAAUAAACAUAAAUCAACAAGUGAAAAUGGAGAUAUUGAAGUUGUUAUCCCCAAGAAGAAAAUAAAACUUGCUCCUGCAUCUCCUGAUAUAAUACCUUCAAAGAAAAUAGCAAAGGAGAAACAAGUUGAAACAGAUGACAGUGAUAGUAGUGUUGAACUAAAUGUAGAUAAAGAUAUAAUACAAUCAGUUUAUGAUGACUGUGUAGUGAAAAGCAAUAAACACAAGAAAGUGAGUAAGAAAAUUGAAGGUGUUGGACUAGCACCAAUUCAUGUACAACAGAAUGGACCCAAGAGAAAGAGCAAGGAUCCACACAGAGAGAAGGCUGAUCAGAAAAGGAUCAACUCAAUGAUGAAGAUGAAGCAGGAUUAUCAACAGCAAAAGUCAUUAAUUAAGAAUGCACUUUCAAAUAUUGAUGGUCAAAAGAAUAAGAAGAUUGUCUUCAAUGAUGAUGAUAUGGAAACAGUUGAAGAAAAAGUUACUGAACCAGAAGAUAAAAAUGAAAAGUUGGCUUUGUUUGAUGGAGAUGAUGAUGAGGAUAACAAUAACAUUGCACAGACUGAGAAUAACUUCAAAUUGCGCGAAGAAUAUGAAGGCAAAAAGGGUAAAAAGCUUUUUGAAAUGCAAGCACGUUUUAAUCAAGAUGCACGUUUCAAAGUCGAUGCACGUUUUGCUGAAGGCGAUAGCAGUGACGAGGCCGAAGAAGAAACAAUUAACGAUAAUCAAGGCUUGGAUGAACGCACACAGCAAUUACAACUGCUCGGUGAAGUUUUAAAGAAACCAGUGCAGACAACAGUCGAGAAAAGUCGCAAAACAAUGCUUCGAUUUGAUCCUAGUCAACCUGAUCAUUCAAAAUAUGAAAUACCUGUCCAAAAAAGUCAAGAUAAAUCAAAGAAACGAAAGAAGGAAGAAGAAACAUCUAAAGAACCAAUUGAAGAAAAACUCCCUGAAGUUUCCGCCGAUACUUUCUAUCAAAUCAACGAAGAGAUACCGUUUCAACAAACGGAAAACGGUGAAGCAUUUAGUUUCCUUAAGGCGUUGGGUCGUGAUGAAGACUAUCCACAAAAUGAAGAACCCAGCGUUGUUCAAAAUGGAGUUGAAGAAGAUAUGAAGAAGAAACGUGGUAAAAGUAGCGAUAAUCCUUUCAAGUACGAUUCUACGGAUGAUGAAGACGACGAGGAUAAAUCAAACUCAAAAGUUACCGCUGACAAACAAGAAACCGCAGCAGUGCGGCCAAAGUUUUGGACUGAGAGCUUCUUCUUCAAGAAAGAUGAUUAUCGUUUCCAAGAGGGUAUAGACUUUGUUAAACGUAUGCACGGUAUGGAAGACGAUGGUGACUUCUCCAAAGUACGUAGGGAUCUCAAGAAGAUCGUCAAGCGCAAAGUGCGUAACAAUGAAAAGAAGAAGACAACGUUCCGCAAGAAGUUGGGCUCGGCGGCGUCCAAACGUCGCAAUCGGGUACAAAAAGCAAUGUAUAGAGGUGAACGUGUAUAACUAAAAUAAAAAUAGUCCUCGAAAUCAAAAAGAA